AUGCCUACGGUCGAUGAUGGCUUCGAAGCCCUUCUAGAACCAUUUUACAAUGGCAAGAAGCUUACUGAUCCUAUUUCCACGAAGGAGGACAAGUUCCAGCUUUUACCAGCCUUCCUCAAAGUCAAGGGUAAGAUUGCCGAUUUUUUACAAAAAUCCAGGCACAUUGACUCAUACAACUUCUUCGUCGAACAGGAAAUCAAGGAUAUCGUGCGCGCCAACCGAACCAUCCGAAGCGAAGUGGACAGCAAUUUCUGGCUAGAAUUCACAGAUAUCCGAGUCGACACGCCUCGGCGACAAGAUUGGCAGGAUGCUAAAUCACAUACUGAAGUCACUCCCAUGGAGUGUCGUCUACGAGAUAUGACAUACGCCGCGCCUAUUUCCGUCGAUAUCCAAUACAUCCGAGACAAGCAGAGAAUUGUACGAAAGAAUGUACCUCUGGGACGCAUGCCAGUUAUGCUCAAGAGUUCCAUAUGUCGUCUUGGUGGCGCGAACAACACAAAGAUGGAGGAGAUGAACGAAUGCCCGCUUGACCCUGGUGGCUAUUUCAUUAUUGGUGGAACAGAGAAGGUCAUUCUUAUCCAGGAGCAACUAAGCAAGAACCGUAUCAUUGUCGAAGCGGACGAGAAGAACAACAUCAUUUCGGCUUCAGUCACCAGUUCAACACACGAGCGAAAAUCGAAGACCUAUGUUACGCUAAAGAAGGACAGGAUUCUCCUCACACACAAUGUUUUGGUGGAGGGAAUCCCGAUUGUUAUCAUUCUUAAGGCUCUGGGUGGCUUGUCGGACAUGGAAAUCAUGCAGCUCGUGGCAGGAUCUGAUGGACGAUACCAGGAUGAAUUCCUAGUGAACUUUGACGAGGCGACCAAGGUUGGUGUUUUCACUCAGCAUCAAGCUCUGGAGUACAUUGGAACCAGGGUUAAGAUGGCUCCUCGCAGGGGAAUAUUCGGUCCUCAAGUGCGCCGUAACCACGUCGAGGAAGGUCUUGAUGCCCUGGCCAAUUUGGUCAUUGCUCACGUACCCAUCGAGGGUCUUGAUUUCUACCCCAAGGCCAUCUACGUGGCCAUGAUGACAAGGAGGGUUCUUAUUGCUGCUCAUAACCCCAAGCUGGUUGAUGAUCGAGAUUUCGUGGGAAACAAGCGACUUGAGCUUGCUGGUCAACUUCUCUCACUCCUAUUCGAAGAUUUGUUCAAGCAGUUCACCACCAACGUCAGGAUGUCGAUUGACAAGUUUUUGAAGAAGAACAACCGGGCUGUGCCUCUCGACGCCGUGAACAUGAUCAGCAAUCACGCCAACAAUAUCGGUUACGGAAUCAACCGUGCCAUUCAAACUGGAAACUGGAAUGUCAAACGUUUCAAUAUGAACCGAGCGGGUGUCACCCAUGUCCUUAGUCGACUCAGCUAUAUCGCUGCUCUUGGUAUGAUGACAAGAAUCAGCAGUCAGUUCGAGAAGACACGAAAGGUAUCCGGUCCUCGUGCGUUACAGCCAUCGCAGUGGGGUAUGCUCUGUACGUCAGAUACGCCCGAAGGUGAAGCCUGUGGUUUGGUAAAGAAUUUGGCUUUGAUGACUCAUAUCACCACCAACGUUGAUGAAGAACCCGUGAAACGAUGGAUCUUUACACUUGAUGCUGGUGUCGAGCCUAUCCGCAACUUCUCCGGUGCUGAGAUGCACCGGGAAGGGAGCUAUAUCAUUCAUGUGAACGGUACGCCGUUCGCUUUGACCCGAUACCCGAAACGGUUUGCCCAAAAGUUCAGAACGAUGCGUCGAAGAGGUUGGAUCUCUCCAUUUGUCGGUAUUAACAUUAACACCCACUUCAACGCUGUUCAUAUUGCCACUGAUGAAGGACGAAUUUGCCGACCUUAUAUCAUUGUCAAAAACGGCAAGCAGAAGCUCAAGCCUGAACAUCUGCGACUACUCCAGAUGGGCAAGGCCACAUUUGACGACUUCCUGAACCGUGGAAUCGUCGAAUAUCUUGACGUGAACGAGGAGAAUGACGCGCUUAUCACCAUUUACGAACACCAAGUGACACAGAGUACCACUCAUUUGGAAAUCGAGCCAUUCACUGUCCUAGGAGCUGUUGCGGGAUUGAUUCCCUUCCCUCACCACAACCAGUCUCCUCGAAACACCUACCAAUGUGCUAUGGGUAAACAAGCCAUUGGAGCAAUCGCUUAUAAUCAGUUUAACCGUAUCGACACACUUCUAUACACCCUUGUCUACCCCCAGCGACCCAUGGUUAUCUCCAAGACCAUUCAACUCAUCGGCUACGACAAGCUUCCUGCUGGACAAAAUGCCACCGUUGUUGUCAUGUCGUACUCAGGAUACGAUAUUGAAGAUGCUUUGGUCCUGAACAAAGCGUCAGUCGACAGAGGCUUUGGCCGAUGCCAAGUCUUCAGAAAAUACACAACGGAAUUGCAGAAGUACCCCAACGGGCGUAGGGAACGAAUUGGAGAUCCUGAGAACGAGGGCGAUGGCAAAAUAAAGCGUCGCAUUCCAAAGCACGAGGCUUUGGACGACGAUGGUCUGGCGAUUGUUGGUUAUAAGGUUAACAGCGGCGAGGCCAUGGUCAAGAAGGAGACGCCCCUCGACCAGACCAGCACUGGUAUCGGACUGGAUCGUGGACCUGGCGAAUUCCGCGAUUCAUCUGUUUCUUAUCGAAUUGCAGACCCUGCCUAUAUCGACAAGGUUAUGAUUUCGCAGACAGAGAAGGAUACCACCGUCAUCAAGGUCCAGACCAGACAGACUCGACGUCCCGAGUUAGGUGACAAGUUCUCGUCUCGUCACGGUCAAAAGGGUGUUGUGGGUAUCAUUGUUGAACAGGAGGACUUGCCCUUCUCCGACAGUGGAUUGAGCCCCGACAUUAUCAUGAACCCUCACGGUUUCCCCUCUCGAAUGACUGUCGGUAAGCUGCUUGAGUGUCUCACAGGAAAGGCUUCCAUUAUUCAUGGCCGACCCGACUAUGGCUUUGGUGAUGCUUUCCGCUCUCACCCACUGGAGGAGAUGAGCCAGGUGCUGGUGGACCACGGAUUCUCGUGGGAGGGCAAGGACUAUUUUACAUCUGGUAUCACUGGAGAACCCUUGGAAGCAUAUGUCUUCAACGGACCCAUUUAUUAUCAGCGACUCAAGCACAUGGUGCAAGACAAGAUGCACUCUCGAUCCCGAGGUCCACGAGCUAUCUUGACUCGCCAACCUACAGAAGGUCGUUCGCGAGACGGUGGCUUACGUUUGGGAGAAAUGGAACGUGAUUGUUUGAUCGCCUAUGGUGCUUCCCAGCUGCUGCUGGAACGUCUGAUGAUCAGCUCAGACGGUACCGAGAUUGAUAUUUGCCAGCAGUGCGGCCUGUUCGGAUACAAGGGUUACUGUCACACAUGCAAGAGUACUAGGGAGGUUACAAAGAUGACGAUGCCGUAUGCAGCAAAGCUGCUUGUGCAGGAACUUAUCAGUAUGAAUGUUGGAGUACGACUUCAGAUGGAUGACGAGUUCCCCCAUCCCAGGUAA